UAAAUAAUUCCUGCAAAUGAAAACAAAUGCAAUAAAAGAAAUCCCAGUGAAGUUGUGGUGGAUAUCCCACCCUCUCCAUUCCAAAUAGCAAAUACUCUCCUCUCCAAUUCCAUCUUGCUCUUUGCCUUGCCUUCUCCCUUGCUUUGCUUUGCUUUGCCUUAUUUUGCACUCAUUUAUAAUAUAAUUCCUGCCUUUUCUUGUUCAUCUUCAAACAAAAACAUAUAUAAAUAAAUAGAUAUAUAGAUAGAUAGAUAAAGGAAAAGGAUAUCUAUUUAGGUGGGAAUUAAUGCUUGCAGCCUCACCAGUGAGGAGUUCUCAUGGAGAUGGAAGAGAGUUGGAGACGGUGGGAUUCACUUGUGAUGGUGCUUUGUUGGAGGACAUCAACUUUGAUGAACUUUUCAUGGGGUUUGACGAGGAGGACAUUCUGCCAGACUUGGAAGUUGACCCGGCGGAGAUAUUUGCAGAGUUCUCGGCCAGCGGAGAGGAAGACUCGGCCAACACAGCCCCAAACCCAAGCGCCAGCAGCGAACUAGAAGUGCCAGUUGUGCAGGAGGUGCCAGAAGUCAUCAGUAACAGCAAAGUAAAAGAUCAUCAUGAUGUAGUUAAGCCUGCAGCUGGGACUACUUGUAAAUCAAACAGGAAAUUUUCUUCUUCUUCUUCUUCUUCUCCUACAAAAGGAUCUCAAGGCAAGAGAAAAGUUAAGGUGGAUUGGACGCCGGAGCUUCACCGGAGAUUUGUGCAGGCAGUGGAGCAGCUUGGAGUGGAUAAAGCAGUGCCUUCCAGGAUACUAGAGAUUAUGGGGAUUGACUGCUUGACUCGGCAUAACAUUGCAAGUCAUCUCCAAAAAUAUAGGUCACAUAGAAAGCACUUGCUAGCAAGGGAAGCAGAAGCUGCAAGCUGGAGCCAAAGAAGGCAGAUAUACACCGGAGGUGGAGGAGGAGGAGGAGGAGGAGGAGGAGUGGCGAGAAGGCCGGAGAUGAGUCCAUGGUUAGCUCCAACAAUGGGAUUCCCUCCAGCUCCACCAGUUCAACUCUUCAGACCAUUACACGUGUGGGGACAUCCUACAAUGGAUCAGCCAAUGCUUCAUGUGUGGCCGAGAACUCCAUCUCCUCAACCUCUUCUCCAUCCUCCACCUGAUCCUUCCUUUUGGCACCCUCACUUCCCCAUGAAUGCAAUGACGCAAGGAACUCCAUGUUAUCCUCCUCAACCAAUUAGAUUUGCAGCAGCUGCACCAGCACUGCCAGGCUUGUAUAGACCUCUGAAUGUGAUUGCACCGGCUGGCAAACAACAAUCAGGCUCACAGACUCAUCCUUCAAAAGAGAGCAUAGAUGCUGCAAUUGGAGAUGUGUUAACAAAGCCAUGGUUGCCACUUCCUCUUGGAUUGAAGCCUCCUUCACUGGACAGUGUUUUGGUGGAACUUCAAAGGCAAGGGAUAUCAAAAGUCCCUCCAACUUGUGGUUAAUUAGUCUUGGAAUUUGCUUCAUUAAAGAAGUAAAACCAGGAUGCUAAUCACAAUCAAGAAACUUGUCGACAUAUAUUUAUAGAUUUUGCAUGCAUUAGAAAGAGAGUAAGAACCAGAGAGUGAGAGAGAGAUGUUUCUUUCUUUCUUCAUAUAUAUAUAUAUAUAUAUAUUAACAAGGCAUUCCUAAUUCCUUUUUCAUGUUGUCAAUUCAAUUAAUCAAUAACAUGUUUUGCUGGACACUUAAGUGAGAGAGAGAUG